AACUUUGUAAAUUAAUUAUUAUAAUCUGUGAUUUCAGAACGAAAUAUGGACAAAGAAAAUCUUAGUUGUGUUUGUAACGGAUGUUCUGCCAAAUGUGAACUACCAAAAAUGUGCAUUGAAUGUGGAAAUCAAAUUAUUAUGGAAUGUGCUAGCAAAUGUGGGGUACCAAAACUGUGUGUAAAAUGCGGGGAAAUUGUAUUGAUCACAUGUGAUGAAUUAAAUAAGAAAAAAUUAAAAGAAAAAUAUCAUCAACAUUCUAAAUUACCACUCACAAAGAAGUGUGCCUGUCCAGGCACAAGACGAUUUUAUUUUCUUAGCGAUGUAUAUCAACCAUGUACACCAUGGAGUACAUAUGAGGAAUGCGAUUGUGGCCAAUAAGCAUAAAAAAUUUAAUUUUGUUCAUAAAAAUUAGAGUCACAAUAUGGUGAACUGCCGAUUAUCAGAAAUUAGUACAGGCAAAUGAUGUUACAUUAGCCUCAUUAAAUCUUAUAUUUUACACCAUGUAUUCAAAUA